AGGGAGGGACAAGAAAAGAAAAGGAGAAAUGGAGGAAGCAAAAGGAACAGUGAAGCACGUUGUCCUCGCCAAGUUCAAAGAUGAUAUAACACCAGAGCAGAUUCAGGAGCUCAUCAAAGGCUAUGCCAGUCUCGUCAACCUCAUCCCAUCUAUGAAGUCAUUCCAUUGGGGCACGGAUGUAAGUGCUGAGAACUUGCAUCAAGGUUUCACUCAUGUCUUUGAAUCAACAUUUGAGAGUACUGAAGCUGUUGCUGAGUAUGUAGCUCAUCCUAACCAUGUUGAAUAUGCAAAUUUGCUUCUUCCCACCUUGGAGAAAGUGAUUAUUGUUGACUAUAAGCCUUCCACUGUUAACUUUUGAUUGUAUAAGUAAUGGAAUCACGACUGCCAGUGUUUUAUGAAAAAUAAAUUCUGUAUCCUCUUUCAACAACUCUUGUGUACCCUGCAAUGCUCUAUCUUGUCAUUGUUGAGUGAUUUUCUCUUGUUAGAUUGGAAA